AUGGCGUCCACCGGAGGUAGCACCAGGGAGCCCUGGACCGGCGAGACAAAGUCCAAGUUUAACGGCAAAGACAGAAGCGAGUUCCUCGAUCCAUGCCAGGAGGCUGCCACGAAAAGCAUCCGGUGUCUGCACCGCAACCAGGGUGACCGAACCAUGUGCUCCGAUUACUUCCAGGCAUACAGAGAUUGCAAGAAGAUUUGGAUCGAGAAGCGCAGGAUAGAGAGCAAACGAGGAGGCAAUGCUUAA